AUGCCGCAAGCAAGACAGUCGACUCUCGGCAAGUUUCUUGGGAACAACCAGAAUGGCACGAAGGCUAAAUCGCAGUCUACAAUUUCCUUCGGCCAGAAACCAGCCAAUAAAGAGCAACCUGCCUCCGGAAACCUCGAGCCAGCUGCGGAAAAUGGAAAUGAUCCUUCCCCGGAUGCGGAGAUGAUAGACGCCGAAACCGAUCUUGCAAGAGAAGGAACCGACGAGUCCCCAAAAAGAAAACAUACCAGGGAUGUCUCUAGGGAUGAAGAAGAGGAAGAGGAUUCAGAUGAUCAACCUGUUCUCAAGAAGCGAAGAAGGACAUCCGCAUCAAGAUCAAGCUCGAGAGACGCAAGAAAGACGUCACCCACGAAACAAAAUGGUGCAACACGGAAGCCAGAGACUGCUGCGCUGGAGAAGAAGGGACUGAAUACCAGCAAUGAAGCAGAUGACCCAGCCCAAUCCGACGACGAGCAUAGUCCUUCGGAGCCGGAGGAGGUGUCUUCGUCAAGCGAAAGCGAGGAGCCGAAAGUCAAUAAGAAACAGGUGGAAAAGAUACAAGCUACGAUCAAAUCAACCGACAAGAACCCUUAUCCAGACUGGAAAGCUGGCGAUCCCGUGCCAUACGCAGCACUAUGCACGACCUUCUCUUUGGUCGAGCUUACGACGAAACGACUUCAAAUCACAGCCUAUUGCUCAGCGUUCUUGCAACAGGUGUUACGACUGACUCCUCAAGACCUCCUUCCCACCAUUCAGCUUAUGCUGAACAAGCUUGCUGCUGACUAUGCAGGUAUAGAACUUGGUAUUGGGGAGUCUCUUAUCAUGAAAGCAAUCGGAGAGAGCUCCGGUCGCUCGCUGUCAGUCAUCAAAGCAGAUCAUCAGAAAAUCGGUGACUUGGGCUUGGUUGCUGCAAAGAGCAAGUCCAAGCAGGGCCAGAUGUUCAAACCAAAGGCACUGACCGUCAGAGGCGUCCAUCAAGGACUCCUGGACAUUGCCAAGAUGGAAGGACAUGGCUCGCAAGAUCAAAAGGUCCGAGCUAUCAACAAGUUGAUGGCUGCUGCGGAUGUUUCUUCUGCAAGCAAGACCGUCGAUAUCACUAAAGACAAAGGUGGCCCGUCGGAAGCCAAAUUCCUUGUUCGGUUCCUCGAAGGAAAAUUAAGACUGGGGCUUGCAGAGAAGACCGUCAUUGUAGCACUGUCACAGGCGGUUGUGACUCACGAAGCUGCGAAGAAUGGGAAGAUUCCCAGCACAGACCAGCUAGCCAAAGGCGAAGUUGAGCUGAAGACCGUAUACAGUGAGCUGCCUUCAUACGAAGUCAUCAUCCCGGCCAUGCUAGAACACGGCAUCUUCAACCUUCAUGAAAGCUGCAAAUUACAACCGGGCGUGCCGUUGAAACCUAUGCUUGCCAAACCGACCAAAUCCAUCACUGAGGUCCUUGAUCGCUUUGAGGGCAAGAAUUUCACCUGUGAAUACAAAUACGAUGGCGAGAGAGCGCAGAUACAUUACGUGGCGCCUGAAGCAAUGGCAGAAUUUCCAGCUGCAGCGAACACUCUGUCUAAAGACCCAAAGCACUUCAAAGGGUUGGCAGCCAUCUUCUCAAGGAACUCCGAAGACCUUUCCAAGAAGUAUCCUGAUAUUCUGGAAAAGUUGAACUCCUGGAUCAAGCCCUCUACGAAAAGUUUCGUCCUUGACUGCGAGACUGUGGCAUGGGAUCCUCAGAACAAGAAAGUGUUGCCGUUCCAGCAGCUGAUGACUCGGAAGCGGAAGGAUGUGAAGACUUCCGAAGUCACCGUCAAGGUCUGCGUUUUUGCAUUCGACAUGCUCUUCUUCAAUGGCGAGCCACUCGUCAAGCGAACGUUCCGUGAGCGACGCGAACUACUCCAUGACGCCUUUGAGCCAGUUGAGGGAGAGUUUGCAUUCGCUCAAUAUGGUGACGCCAAGGACGUCGAGGAAAUUCAGCACCUCCUGGAUGAAUCCGUCAAAGCAUCCUGUGAGGGUUUGAUGGUGAAGAUGUUGGACACGGAAGAAUCAGGCUACGAGCCGAGCAAACGCUCUCGGAAUUGGCUCAAAGUUAAGAAGGAUUACCUCAACGGAGUUGGUGACUCUCUCGACCUGGUCGUGCUUGGCGCAUAUCACGGCAAGGGUAAACGAACAUCAUGGUUCGGUGCUUUCCUACUUGCUGCGUACAACCCGGAGACUCAGAUGUUUGAAUCAGUCUGCAAUAUCGGUACAGGCUUUUCGGAAGCAAUACUGGAAGAGUUCCACAAGGAGCUGUCUGAUAUCAUCAUCGAGAGGCCCAAGCCAUUCUACUCUCAUUCGACUGUGAAGAACGACCAGCCAGAUGUAUGGUUUGAGCCUCGAUUCGUAUGGGAAGUCAAGACAGCGGACCUUACAUUGAGUCCUCGCUACCGCGCUGCGAUGGAUGAGAUGGGCGGAAAGAACGGCAUCAGCUUGAGAUUUCCUCGGUUCAUCCACAAGAGGGAGGACAAGAAGCCUGAAGAUGCAACCACCUCAAUGGCAAUUGCUGAGAUGUACCGAAAGCAAGAGGUCGUCGCGAAGGAGAACAAGAGCAAAGGAAUUGAUGACGAUUUCGAGUAUUAG